UUUUGGAAAGUGCUGAUCGUUACCACGCGGAAGAUCCUUUACGCGCCUUUUAAGUUUCUCCCCAGCUGAGCGCUCGUUUCUUUUUUUUUUUUUUAUUUCGUUAUUUAUUAGAUCACUUUUUUAUGGUUAAACUGCUGAGUUAUACUCAUGAAUGAGUUUGCGAGUAAUUCACAUUUUUUGAAACUCUAAUCCAAGAAGAAGAAGAUGGAUAGUGUUAUUUUUGUCUUCCUAUUAUUUAUUCUAGAGACUCAUGCGUUGCGUUAUGGCAACUCCAACAAUCUCCAACCCUACAUGCCCAAUGUGUGUGUGGAGAGGGAGGUGACGCUGGUCGCCCAGAGGCAGCCGUGUGUGCAGGCCUUCACACGUAUGGUUAAAGUGUGGAAGCAAGGCUGCAUGGGACAGUCAUGGUGCAUGGGAUACGAGAGGAGGACAGCAUACUACACUGCAUACAGACAAGUGUACAGACAGGAUUAUCAGACUGUGUACAAGUGCUGCCCUGGAUGGUCUCAACUCAAUGGAGAAGCAGGCUGUCUGUAUCCGGUGUGCAGCUACGGUGUGUGCUUCAACGGGGGCCAGUGUCGGGAGAGAUCCACCCAGCUUUGUGACUGUCCUGCAGGGUUCAACGGUCCCAGCUGCCAGUAUGAUGUUAACGAAUGUGAGGAGACCAAUGGAGGCUGUGAGGCUCUCUGCUGUAACACCAUUGGAAGUUUCUACUGCAGGUGUCCUCCUGGACAAAAACUGAAUGGAGAUGGUAAAACCUGUCAAGAUAUCGAUGAGUGCCAGGUCCACAAUGGAGGCUGCCAGCACAGAUGUGUUAACACCAGGGGCUCCUACUACUGUGAAUGCCACCCAGGCACUCGCCUGCAUGUGGACGGCCGCACCUGCCUCGCUGUUCAUUCGUGUGCCAUCAGCAACGGAGGAUGUGAACACUACUGUGUGCAGCAGUCUGCCGCUCAUUUCCGCUGUCGCUGCAAGCCAAAUUACUUGCUGGCAGAGGAUGGCAAGCAUUGUAAACUGCAGAAUCCCUGUGCCGAUCAGAAUGGAGGCUGCAUGCACGUGUGUCGGGUUGAUGGUGGGAACGCUCACUGUGACUGUAGACCUGGUUACCUCCUGGCUGAAGACAGUAAAACCUGUCAAGAUGUCGAUGAGUGUGAGACAGAAGCAGCCAACUGUGCUCAUGGCUGCCACAACACAUUGGGCUCCUACGCCUGUGUGUGUAAUGCUGCCUAUGAGCUGGGAUCUGAUGGAAAACAGUGUUACAGAAUCGCGAUGGAGAUCGUGAACAGCUGCGAGAACAACAACGGAGGCUGUUCGCACCACUGCCAACAUUCAAACAGCGGGCCCGUUUGCUCUUGUAACCAUGGCUACAGAUUAGACGACGACCUCAAAACCUGUACUGACGUGGAUGAGUGUGGAGAGCAGCGAUCCUGCUGCGAGCAGGACUGCACCAACUACCCCGGGGGUUAUGAAUGUUACUGCUCAGCAGGUUACAGACUCAACUCAGAUGGAUGUAGCUGUGAUGAUGUAGACGAGUGUCUGGCUGCUAAUGGCGGUUGCGAUCACACAUGCCAGAACAGCGCGGGAUCCUUUCAGUGUUUCUGCCGUCGGGGUUUCCGUCUAGACGAGGACCGGCAAUCCUGCAUCCCACUAGAAGAUGCAGUUGAGGCCCUGUCCAGCGGAGGUCCCAUCGAGUUGCCUCUUCUUCGACCCGUGAUUACCUUGAUGCGGGACUACAACCAACCCCUGGAGCGCUAUGACGACUAUGAAGACGACGAGGGGGAGCUGAGGGCCGAGAGUAACCUAGCAGAGAAAUUUGUGUGUUUGGAUGACACUUUCGGCAAUGACUGCAGUUUGACGUGUGACGACUGUUCUAAUGGGGGAAAAUGUAAUCCAUGGAAAAGUGGCUGCGACUGUCUAGAUGGAUGGAUAGGCGCCGUCUGCAACCAGACGUGCCCCGAGGGGUAUUUUGGUAAAAACUGCUCCUUCCCCUCUAAGUGUAAAAACGGUGCCAGCUGUGAUCCAGUCACCGGGAGCUGUCGCUGUCCGCCUGGGGUCAGCGGGGACUUGUGCCAGGAUGGCUGUCCUAAAGGCUUCUAUGGGAAGCAGUGCAAUAAGAAGUGUAAUUGUGCCAAUAACGGGCGCUGCCAUCGGACCUACGGAGCCUGUCUGUGUGAUGCCGGACUAUACGGACGCUUCUGCCACCUCCCUUGUCCUAAGUGGACCUUCGGCGCCGGCUGCUCUGGGGAGUGUCAGUGUGUCCAGCAGAACACUCUGGAGUGUCACCGUCGCCAUGGCACCUGCGUCUGUAAAUCUGGUUACCAGGGCAACACCUGCAAGGAAGAAUGCAACCCGGGUACUUACGGAGCCGGCUGUGAGAAGAAGUGCUCCUGUCCACCAGGAGUGUCGUGUGAUCAUGUGACUGGAGAGUGCCAACGAAAAUGUCCUCCUGGUCGUCAUGGAGAGAACUGUGAUCAGGACUGUCCAGAGGGAAGGUUUGGAACAGGCUGCGUACAUCCAUGUAACUGCACCGGCGCCCCAUGUGACAAAGUGACGGGACAGUGCAAGUGUCCAGCGGGGACGUCAGGAAAGCACUGCGAGAACUUGUGUCUGGAGGGUUUCUGGGGUCCAGGCUGCACAGAAACUUGCCCAGUUUGUGAGAAUGGAGGCGUGUGUGACAAACACAACGGGUCAUGUAACUGUCCUUCAGGGUUCAUGGGCAGAUUCUGCCAGAACUCGUGCCCGAGUGGACGAUUCGGUCAAGGAUGCCAAAUGAAGUGUGUGUGUGAGAACAAUGCUCGCUGUGAUCCGGUGAGUGGGCGGUGUACCUGCGCUCCUGGCUGGACUGGACACAACUGCAGGAAAGCCUGUGAUGCAGGACACUGGGGUGCAGACUGUGCAGAAACCUGCGACUGUAGAAACGGAGACGGCAGCUGUGACGCCGUGACGGGCCAGUGCAACUGUGAGGCUGGUUACACUGGAACACACUGCCACCAGAAGUGCCCAUUAGGUAUGUUUGGUCUCGGUUGUCGCCAUCGGUGUCAGUGUGACAACAAGGCGUUGUGCGACCAUGUGAGCGGAGCUUGUACCUGCCUGGUGGGAUGGACUGGAACCUUCUGUGAAAAGCCGUGUCCUCAGGGUUUCUAUGGACUGGACUGCCAGGAGAAAUGUUUGUGUCUAAACGGCGGGAGCUGUGACCACGUCAGGGGAGUUUGUUCCUGUCCUGCUGGCUGGAUCGGUCCGUUCUGCAAUCUGACGUGCCCAACUGGUUUCUAUGGGGAAGGAUGUAACCAAAGCUGUGGCUGCCGUAACGAUGGCAUCUGCCACCCGGCCAGUGGGCAGUGUGUGUGCACGCCCGGCUGGACCGGACCCAACUGCACAGAAGAAUGCCCUGCAGGGUUUUAUGGAGCAGACUGUCGGCAGCGCUGCUUGUGUCAGAACGGAGCCACCUGCAACAAGAGCAACGGAAAAUGUGCAUGUGCCAGUGGAUGGAUGGGCACAGCCUGUGAACUGGAGUGUGUGGCGGGCCGGUUCGGUGCAGACUGCCAGCAGCAGUGUCAAUGUGAGAACGGCGGCCAGUGUGACAGACAGUCCGGACGGUGCAGCUGCAGAGCCGGCUGGGUCGGAGAGCGUUGUGAGAAAGCAUGUGAACCAGGCCUGUUUGGCGCCGGCUGUGAGGAGAGUUGUCAGUGUGUGCACGGGGCUUCAUGUCAUCACGUCACUGGAGAGUGUCACUGUCCACCAGGGUGGAGAGGAAAACUCUGUGACAAAGCAUGUUUGCCGGGGAUGUAUGGAAAGGGCUGCGUGCAGCACUGCAGCUGUGCUCAGGGCACGUCCUGCCACCACGUCUCUGGAGACUGCGGCUGUCCUCCUGGAUUCACGGGAAACGGCUGUGAGCAGACUUGUUUUCCAGGAACAUUUGGACAGAACUGUAACCAGGUCUGCCAGUGCUCAGAGACAAACCAGCUCUGCCACCCGGUGUCUGGAUCAUGUUAUUGCGCUCCAGGAUUCCAUGGCCUCAAAUGUGACCAAAUUUGUGGAAAAGGUCGUUACGGUCCAAACUGUGAAAGCGAGUGCCAGUGUGAAAAUGGAGGGAGGUGCAUACCUUCCACUGGAGCCUGUGAAUGUCCAGCAGGAUUUAUAGGAGCACGCUGCAACAUCACGUGUGCAGCUGGGCGUUACGGAGUCGACUGUGCUCGGGUGGCGACGUGUGGAGACGGAGCCCAGAAUGACCCGGUCACAGGUCGCUGUGAAUGCAUCACUGGACGAAGAGGAGAGGACUGUGGACACGGCUGCUCUCCAGGCUGGUUCGGGGCGAACUGUGUCACACGCUGUAACUGCAGUAAUGGUGGAGUGUGUGACUCUGUGACUGGCAACUGUACCUGCAGUCUGGGCUGGACUGGUUCAUACUGCGAUAAAGAAUGUCCUGCGGGCAAAUUUGGUGCCAACUGCCAGCUGAAAUGUAACUGUCAAAAUAACGGCACUUGUGACAGAGUGACAGGGACGUGUCAGUGUGGUCCAGGCUACUAUGGACAUCUGUGUGAACACGCCUGUCCUCCUGGUUUCCACGGCUCGCUGUGCCAGCUCCAGUGUGACUGUAUGAACGGAGCCUCCUGUCACCCAGCGUCGGGCCAGUGUGUCUGUACUCCAGGAUACCACGGAGCUCGCUGUCACAGAGUGUGUGAACAGGGUACCUACGGUCAUGGCUGUGCCAAGGUGUGUGACUGCGAGGACGAUGCUCCGUGUGAUCCUGUGACAGGAAGAUGCCUCUGCUCUUCAGGGAAGACUGGACUCAGAUGUGACAUCGACUGCAGAGUGAAUCGUUACGGGCCAGACUGUGCAGAGACCUGCGAGUGCGACAACGGUUCGCAAUGCGACCGACGCAACGGCCGCUGUACCUGCCUGCACAGCUGGAUCGGACUCUCCUGUCAAGAAGGUGGACCUCCACGCCUCACCUACAGCAGCAGAGGGGAUUCCAGGCACGGCAACUCGUUAUAGCACCGCCAUCUAGCUGGAAGACUCAAACUACAAAUGGGACAGAUCAGCCACGUUUUACUGAAGUGACUCAUGUUAGUGAGAGCUUGUGACGGGAAGUUGUAGCAGGCAGCUGGAAGACAUUCAUGGAAAUAGACUCUCUGAUGAGAACUGCAGUUUCAUGUUUGGACCUGAGCUGGAUUUUCUUGUUUUUUUUUUCGCGUGCCAAAGUGUCCUUCGAACAGCCAGUCAGCCUGACCUGCCACAGAGGUACUUUGUGUGGAAAGUGGAACGUCAAACGUUUUAGUCUUCAGGACAACUACAUCCGCGGAGUGCAGUGUCAGAAGACUGUGGUUGCGUUUACUGCACUUUCGGUAUUUUGUGUUUAAUAUUUUGUCCUUGAAAUACCUUUUUGCAGGUACUGUGUAUAAAAUAACCUCAAAUUUUUUUGUAAGGAAAUUGCUGGAUAUGAUGCAACCUCAGUUUUUGAAACCAUAUUUCAUUACUUACCAGUACUAUGAAGUUGUUUUUCAAUCUAUACAAUAUGAAGUACUACCCUCAGUCCAAUGGUGCUAAGGUGCUUUACUGUACAACGCAACAAAGAUUAGAUAAUAUGCCUUAAUAAUGGACAGCUGGAAUUUUUACAGUUCAAUAUGAGUCACUGAAGAUUACACAUGUAUUUGCACCUUCUUUAAGGUUAAGAGUCUAAAUAUUUUUCUUUUGAAUCAUUUUGUGUAUAAAUUGCUUCAUAUUUAUAUUUCCCACAGUUUGUAUACAAGUGAAUAUACCGCAAGUUUUAAAAUGCAUCUUUUGUUUUCCACUGGAUAAAAGUGACUUUGCAGCUCUGCCAAAUCUCCAGUCCAACAAACAACCCAGAAUGCUAUUCUACACAUGAAUGUCAAUAAAGACAGACGCGUAAAGGUUUGUUUACCAUUCUUAUUUUAUCAUUAUUUCAUUUUCAUUGAAGAUCGAAGCUGUACAUCCUGUCUAAAUUCAGACUCAAGCACAGUGCAGAUAGCAACGCCUGCAAAAGAAAAUUAAAAAAGAAAAAA